AUGAUUCUGGUAUUGAUACUAAGUAGAAGGUCCACAAGUAUAAAUUACGAAACCCAUAAGUCACCGAAUGAUCAUAGGAGACAGAAGGAGUCGAUCACUGAAUUGAAGCAUGUGUACACUAGUAUCAAGUACGACUGGCCUCAGGUUUUAGAUGGAAACACCAGUCCGAUAGAAAUGGCUAUUUCACUUCUUGAUGAUACUUCGGUUGGGUUGGCACACAGAAAGCAUGAGUUUGAAAGACUAUCUGAAGAGACAAGAGAAGCAUUGAGAAACGUUGUGAAUGAAAAUCAUGAAAUAUUUAAUAAUAGUAUCGGAUCAUAUCAUGUAUUGUUAAGUACAUUGGAUGAUUCGAAAAAUGAUUCUGCACAAAUCAAAGAGAUGUUGGAAUCAUCAACGAGAGAUAUCCAGGAUAGAUCGGAUGUAUUGAAUGACUUGGAUCAAACUUCAAUGAGAUAUGCUGAAAUGAUUGAAAUAUUGGAUGCUAUGGAAGAAUUGAACUCAAUUCCUCAAAAAAUUGAACAACUUAUAGUUGAUAAAAAAAUUCAUCAAAUUUAUGAUGUGAUUUCUAAUGGAUAUCAAUUAGCAGCAAAAUAUAAUUUGUGGUCUAUUUCGGCAAUGCAAUCUAAUAAAAAUUUCUUAGAUCUGCAAUCGAAUAACUUAUAUGAUAUGAUUGUGGAAGAAUUGCAAAAUGAGAUUUAUUUGAAAAACACUACACUAGUUGAUAGUACUGAUGGUUCGAAUCCUGAUCGUCACUUCUUCUCAUGGCAGAGCUUGGUCCAAUCAACUAAUCCACAGCUUUCUUCUUUUAGAACAUUAGUUACUCUGUCUAAUAAUCUUGAACAGUACAUUUACAAUUCGGCAAAUUUAGAUAUUUUUGAAGUAUCCGAUGCUUUCAGUGAAACAGCUAUUAAUUUCGUUCAAUUCCAAUUACCUAAAAUUCAUAAUCAUUAUUCGAACACCGAUAAUGAAAUUGAUUACUCUAUCUUGCUUGAAGCAAACCUGAAUUCCAAUUCUGAAUCAUUUCAUUAUAUUUAUAGAUUAUUGAGUACAGCUCAUAAAUUGAAUAGACUUCAGUCAGUUUUGGCAGUUUUGUUAGGUACUCAUCAACAAGAAUUGCAUGGUUUAAUCAAUAGAACUACCGAAGAAUGCAAAUCAAAAAAUAUUGCUCAAUUGAAUAAGUUGUCUAAAAUUCAAAAUUUUGAAUAUUCAAUAACAACAGAUAUUAUAGGUGGUAAUACUUUUAACGAUGCUUCGGUUUCGAUCUUGAGUAACUUAUUCGGAUCCAUCUUCAUAAAAUGUUUAAUUGUUCUCCAAAAACAUAAAAUUGUUAGUAAUAUAGUUGAUAAAAUAGAAUCAUCACAAAGCUUACCUGGAGUAAGCGGGGCAAGAACAUCUUAUAUGAGAGAAACUGGUGUAUACUCUUUCAAAAGUAUAUGGGACAUCGUAAGAAAAGAAUUACAAUCAUUGAUGAUCAAUUAUAUUUACGAUAAUCAUGCUCCCGUAUUCAAUACUGUUGAGUCGUUAUCUAGUCAACAUAAUGACCUACAUGAGAUUUUAGCUAAAAAACAGGUUUUCAAAUUUGAAGAUGUAUCGAGUCAUUCAGUUAAAGCAACUGAGGAUAUGACAAAUGUUUUAAGUAAUAUGUUUCCUGGGUUUUCUAUAUCAGACUCUAAGAAUAAGGAGGGAUUAUCUGUUCUUGAGCUUGAUACACCCUAUAUCAAAAAUGAAACCUUUAAUGCAUUGGUAGAAGUACUUGUUCCUAAAAAUAUAUUCAACAUGAGAAUUAUUCUUGAAUUUUUCUUAAUAUUCACCGCAGGUUCACAAAGAUUGUUCUUGAAUUUUGCUGAUGAACCUCAGGAAGGUCAAGAAUUUGACCAAAGUUCACUCUUUUUCUUCAGAUCAUUUAUGAGAGAGUCCUUCUUGAGUAAGAUUGAUCAAACUUUAGAUCAGUCCUUUAAGGAAUUCGUAGAAGAUGAAGAUGCUGCUGGUGAUGGUUCCGUAGUGGUUCACACAAGACACACUCCUAGGGCAGGAGCAUUAUAUGGUGGUGGUUUAAAAUGUGAAUUAAUUCCACUUGAUUCAGCUAUUCAAGGUUCUAAUAAUAUUAUUAACAUUAAUUCGAGCAACCACUCUGCUGCAAAAAUUUACCGCAAUGCUUUAGAUUUCAAAAGGGUUUUCGUUAAUGCCUGUUCCACGUUAAAUACUUCAUUAACAUAUAGAGAAGAUAUAAGUUCGACAGUCUUAAAAUUUCUUAAAAAGUUUUCCAAUGCUUACAACAAUUUUUACAAAGAAUUAUUAUCUCAAGAAGAAUUAACUGUUUAUGAGCAGCCAACAUCCACUAAUGGUACUGGAAGCAGCUCUAAACCUCUUCUGAUGCUUCAGAAAUGGCUAGGUAAUACAGCACUUACUGAAAUGUCAUCAUUGAUUUUACAACAAAGAUCAAAUCCUGAUGACCUCGAUGCUUUGAUAAAUAAGGAAGUUGAGAUAAUGCUAUUUAAUACUGAAAGUAAAACAUCAAUUUUCAAUCUUUCUAAAGAUGAUUUCCUCGAUGAUGAUUCAUUCAAUCAAGUCUGCUACCUUUUUUUGACUACCUCCUGGAUUUUGAAAUGGCUUCCAUCCAUGAGAAAAGAGUCCAAUUAUGCUAUCUAUAAUGACAAUACUGAUACGGUUAGACUUUCAACUAUUGAUAAAUUGAAGCAUGACUGGUCUUUUUUGGAAAAUGGUAGAUCAAAUUAUACAGCUCUGGACGAAACGCAACACGUUUAUUUGGCGUUGAAUUCAGAUAAGAUAAAUGAAUUUCAGGAUAUAAUUGAGAACUUUAUGAUGAUCAGAGAUAAAACAUUGUUAGCAUUGAGGUAUGAUCUUAGAGUCAAGGCAGUAUAUUUCCUUGGUAAAUCUUUCAAAGAAACUGAUUGGCUCCCAACAACUGAACCUGGUGACUCUGAUCAAUGUAUUGGUCAAUAUAAUAAGGAGGUGUUCUCUGUUGAUAAUAGAUUGAAUAAUGUAUUGGAUGAUUUAGAAAGAGAAGGUGUUUUCGUUGGAUUGGCUAAUUUUAUUAAUAAAUUAUUGAUUCAAGGCUCUGAAAUUGUUAAAAAGAUUAAUAACAAUGGUAUUAAGAGAAUUGUGUUAAACAUUUUCACUUUGCAACAAAUGCUCAAGAGUAUAUUGAAUACCCCGGAAAGGAUCAACUUUACUAAAGCCUCAAGAUAUUUUGAAUUAUUCACCCUUAAAGAACAAAUUUUCAUUGGAGAAUUGAAGAAAAAUGAAUUACAAUUUAGCAGGGGAGAAUUUUUGAAUCUUGCAAGAUUGAUUUAUAGUGAAAAAUUAGCCGAUGGAAAUGGAAGUGCCUUCAAUAAGUCUAAGCAUAAGGAUUUGGUUGAGAAGAUCAACAGUACUUUCAAUUAA